AUGCGGGCAACACUAGGGUUUGAGUCACAGAAGACGAGCGAGAAAAACAUUAUUGAAAGCAGGGAUGAUACAAGAAAAAUCAACGUGACAGUCGAUAAGCCGCUCAACUUUGAGCACAAGAGGGAUGCAGACACUACCUCAAAGAAGCUCCUAGAGAGUAUCGAUUUCAGUCUUGACAAUCCUAGUAAGGCUUUUACAGCCGUUCAAACCAUCUUUCAGCGCCGCUUAGGUGACCAAGUCCAGGGGAGCGGAAAGUGGCUUCGAAGUGAUCCACGAUAUAUGGCGUGGGCGUCCCCGGAAAGUUUGUCUUUUUCAGUCUUUGGUAUCUCUGGAGACGAGGGACAUGGCAAAUCGUUCCUCUUUGCGAGUAUCGUCAAAUACCCGCAAGAAGCACAACCUCAGCGUGAAAAUGAUAUGAGGUGCAUUUCCACUGCGUAUCAUAUCUUUGACAAAGACGAAAACCGAACAUCUUUGGUCCAGGCCCUCAAGGUCCUGGCAUGGCAGGUCGCCAACCAAGAUAUUGUUUACCGCAAAGGUGUAAGCUCCGUGAAAGCAACAGGUAUCAAUCAGAUAGAAAACCUUUGGGACAUUCUAUUUUCCAAGUCAUAUAAGAGCGACUCGACCAUCUUCCUCCUCCUGGAUGGCAUUGACCAGAUAGAGAAAAGCGAGCUGAAGGAGUUCGUUCAGGUUUUGGAGGGGCUACAGGCUAUCUCUGAAACCUGGUCACAAUUCAAGCUGCGCAUUGUCAUCACUGGGCGCAAUGAGACAAUGAACAAGCUCAAAAGUCAACUCGGAGAAGGAAUAUUGACAAUUGAUAUGACAUCUGAAAACAACGAUGACGUAGAAAAGUUCAUCACUGACCGCAUGGACAAGAUGGAGAUUCUGGGCGGCUCGUCGGACCAGGUAAUUUCUCUUCGGCGUGACAUCUUGUAUAAUCUGAAGACUCAAACCCAAGGCUAUUUCGUCAAUAUCGGCCUUCUGCUGCAUGAGAUCAGCGGGAAGCAGCGUCCUGGGAUAUUUUAUCCCGCUCUGGAGGUAAACGAUCCGGACACUAUCGCGAGAAAGAUUGAACUCCUGAACGAGACACUCAGCGAGGAAGACAUCUCUGACCUGAACGUCCUCUUCACCUGGGUUGUAUUUUGCCCUUACCCAUUUGAUCUGGGAGUGCUAGAAGGAGUCCUCUACCUGAAGGCUGGGGAAUCUUCUCUUCGGCCUCUAGCAGAAAGGAUAAAUGACAAAUAUUCCUCCCUCCUCCGAAUUAAGGGAAAACCCCACCCCAGGACUAAGCUCAUUCCAACUACUUCGGAAGUGCUGCUAGUAUCCGACUCAAUAGAAGAGUUCAUACGAAACAAGAAUGGCUCUGAUAACGCCCCAGACCUAGAUUGUACUGGCGAUAUUAACGCAGUUGAAGUCAGGAUUGUUCGUCGAUUCUUGGAGUCAGUCUGCGAUCCCAACCUGUUCGCCAAAUUUGGAUUCGAAGAAUUCUUCCAGCGGAAACUCAAAGGAAAAACGGCCCUGGUCGGGGUUGACAUCGACAACGCUCAUUUGAGUAUGCUGUCAACAUGCUUGGAAGCCACCCAUCACCAGAAAUCUCCAGAAUUAGACUCUGUGCUCAUUUACGCGUCUCGUCAUUUCGCCGACCAUCUUACACAAGCGGACCCUUCACUGACGCAACCACAACACAAGAUGGCUCUUGGCCCGCAGCUGGUCAGUCUCUUUACGGACGAAGAAACAAUUAGAAAAUGGUGGAAUCCAGCCGAUCCUUGGCAACGAUUAGAUUGGAUCUAUUGGGACGAAUUUGUUGAAGUCUCGUUGAAGUGGCUUCGAGACUCUGCGGUCACUAAAAACCUCCCUGAUGACCAAAGAAAAUGGGUGAAAAGUUUGAGUUAUAUUCUUGCGCACGUUGCUAAGUUUACUGCCCGCCUCUGGUUGCAAUCGAAUGUUGAGACAGAGUAUAUCGACAGUGUCUUCGCUGCACUUCAUGGAUAUAUCACAAGGAUUGAGAACCGCAAAAACCCCCAAAUCGAAAGGUCAACCUGUGAUCCGACAAAUGAAACCAUUCAUGCCUCCCAUAUCUCCGAUGCCGCUGAAUGGGCUCGACAGAAACUCGGACUGGAUAGUCUGAGAUAUGAGGAGACCCGGAACCUAGCGCGGACAUUCGGAGAGUACAACUUGUGCGAUGAGUCCAUCGAACUCUUCAAACUUUCGUGCUCCCUCUGGGAGUACAACUGGCUCUCGAAAUGGGGACUUGCGACUGUGUAUUCCUACCAGAAGGAAUACACGCUUGCGAUUGAGAUGAUAGAGGCCGCAAAAAAUACAAUCAAGUGUGGCGAGACACGCGAUAAUGAUUGCCAGUUGGUAGAACUGGAUCGCACUAUGGCUAAGUACAACAAAGAGUUGGGUAAUAGCGACGAAGCGUUUGCGAUAUACGAGAAGAUUCUGCGGCAUGACCCGAGUGAUUACGACGCGGCAUUGGAGAUGGCGAUGCACUUUCACAAAAAUAAGAACUCAGAGGGCCUGCUCAAAUUUCUUGAUUCACUCAAGGCCUCCAUAGAGGAUUCAACCGGUCUGGACAGGCGAACGCAGAUGUUCCACCGGCACUUCGCCAACGACCAGUAUCACAGGGCAAUCCUCGCCCUGGUGUCCGAUAAUAAGACUUUUGAUGCUAUCUUUGAAAGCUACCAGAUAGCUAUUGCUGCCUCUAAAGAGCAGCUUGCCAAGGCGACCAACGAGGGUGACGAAAUAUUCCAUCGGGACUGCCAAGCGCUUCUUAUGGAUUAUAUUGCCCAUCUUUGCUACAAUAAUGGCGGGGAAAAUGCCUCGCAGAGGGAAUUCGCUAUCGAGGAGUGGAUACGUAUCCUACAGAUUGACGAAACCUCCAUCGAGACGUACGUCGCAACCACCAAAGUCUUCGUCUGUACAAAACUCGCGAAUGUCUGUUUCCAUGAGGCGAUGCAGGACCCAAGCAAAGCAGCUACCUAUCUAGACCAGCUAGACCAGCUGGCUACAUUCAAACCCACGUAUGUUAACAGCGAGCAACGCUCUGUAACCUAUCCAACAGAACUUGUCGCACGAUACCACGCACUUCAAGGCGACGAGAAAAAGGCUAAAGAUGCCCUGCGCACACACACCAAACAAAACAUUGAUAUUCUCUCUGACGAUGAUCCGUCAAAUGAUUGGCAGGGAUACCAGGGCCUGGCGAGAUAUCUCAUGUUCGCGGGCCAGGACACAGACUGUCUCGCCGCUUGGUCGUUGAUUGUUCCAUUUGACGACGAGGAGACCAAUUCAACAUGA